CCGAACGCCCCACAAAGCUUCAUCCAUAACACCAAUGGCGGAGGUUCAUUGUUUUGAUCAUGAUGAUGAAGACGAUUUUCUAGUAUCCUUUUCUUCCCGCAACAAUCUCCACGCUUACCCGUCUCGAAUUUCGCCUUUCGAUCGACAGAACCAGGUAAAUUUCGAAAUCGAUAUGUUCCGUCAGUCGCAAUCACAAUCACAAUCGCAAUCGCAAUCGCAUUGUGUGUCGCCUGUUAUUCAAGAGAGCCCUUUGGUUCCUUUCCAUCGAAGUUUUGGAGUUCAAGAAGGGAAUCAUGAUAUCGAUUUUGAUGUGGAAUUUGGGUCACGCUUAGGGUUUUUUGAAGGAAAUCAUCAUAACCGUAAUGCUAAUGCUAAUGAUUCUGGGUUUACGGUUGCUGGUUCUGGGGAUGACUUGUUUGUAUCCAGGAGGACAAGUGGUCUCCAUGGUGCUCGAUCUGAAUCCGGCGUUUCAUCUUAUGAAUCAGGUUCUCCGGAUUUUUUCUUGGGUGGGGUGAGGGCGACUGAUUUGGUGUCGGAUGUGGAUGAUAUCAUACCAGUAAACGGAAAUACAAAUGAAGAUCUUCAGUGGGACGAAGUGCUUGAUGUAAAUGAAGAUUAUGAAGUUUUGGGUGUGUGUCUCCGAGCAGAUGUUGGUGAUGGUGAUGAUGAUGAUGAUGAUCAUGGUGAUGAUGAUGAUGUUUUAUCAGGAAUCCCUCCUGGUGGUGAACAAUUCCAAGAAAUUCAAGAAGCUUUCGAAUGGCAAGUCUUAUCAAAUGUUCACAAUUUCGAACCAACCCCAGAUUUAGCUGAUGAUGAUUACAAUUACACAGAAUAUGAGAUGUUCUUUGGGCAGUUUGGAGACACUGGUGUUUCAUCUUUGGGUCGUCCGCCUGCUUCCAAAUCGGUGGUUGCGAAUCUUUCGACUGUGGCUGUGACUCAAGAAGAUGUCGAAAACAACACCACCCUUUGUGCCGUGUGUAAAGAUGAAGUGGGUGUCGGAGAAAUGGCAACGCUGCUUCCUUGCAGCCAUCGUUACCAUGGAGAUUGCAUAGGGGCUUGGUUGGGCAUUCGGAACACCUGCCCUGUUUGUCGCCAUGAAUUGCCAACAGAUGAUGUUGAUUAUGAACUCAGGAAGACAGCAAGGGUUCUUUGAAAAGGUAUGAAUGUUGAAGUUUUGGUAUUGGGCAGUUUUGAGUUGAUGAUCUUGUUUUUGAAUGUGGGUUUGUAGGAAUCAUAUAUGCGUGCUAGGUUUCUUGAACACAAAACCUUCAGUUCUAUUGUGUUUUGAGUAAAGAUGUCCGAGGCAAUGGCAUGUUUUUCUUUCAGUA